AUGGACUUUACAGGGAGAGGAUGCAGCCUACAGCCUGCGCUCGUGGACAAGGGAUGGAAAUAUAUGGCGUCUGAUCUAGCACAUCUAUUCGAGCGCCUCCAAAAGGCAAAAGGAAACUUCAGGUACGACCACCAGCAGAUGCUAGUAUCCUGGUCAUUCCAAAGGCCAACAGACGUUGAAAUCCAGAAUGUCAGGAAAUGGAACGUCAACAUCUGGAAAGCUGUAUUUAAUCUCAUUGACACAUCGCACAAACGACCCCGCCGGCGAGUGUCCCCCCUCCCUUUGGCGGCACGCCAGUCAGAGCUGUUGGGCAUGGUUGCCCGCGCAGCCGCCCCAACCGUAUAG